AUGGCUUCUCUUGGGUAUUUUUUGGAUUUUAAUCACUAUGCUUCAAAUGCUAAUCAAGGUGGAAAGUUAUGGGUGUUCUGGAAUAUUCCUAAUAUUUUUGAAAUGGUGCGUUGUACGACCCAAACUGUGUCUGGUUGGUUCAAGUGGGAUGUUCACUGCGUUUUUGUUACUUUUGUCUAUGCUAAAUGCUCAUAUGUUGAUAGAAGAGAACUUUGGCAUGAUUUAGAAGAGUGGACAGAUUUGGAUCAGCCAUGGUUAGUUUUGGGUGAUUUUAAUGUUAUUCGUAGGGAUUCGGAAAGAGUUGGUGGGAACCCUCGGCCUUUUAUUUCGAUGUUAGAGUUCAAUGAUUGUAUUGAUCGUUGUGGUCUGUUAGAGACAUCUAGUUCUGGUCAGCGCAUGUCGUGGUGUAAUGGACAUGGGGGAGUGUCCAAAAGUUGGGCAAACUUAGACAGAGUGCUCAUGAAUAAUUUUUUUGCCAGUCUAUUUCCUUCAGCUCAUUUCAAUUAUUUGAGCUGUAAAUCUUCUGAUCAUUGUCCGAUGGUUGUUUUCUCUGAUCAACUACCUAUUUCCUAUGGCCCUUCUCCAUUUCGUUUUUUGAAUAUGUGGUGCUCACAUGAUGGGUUUAUUAUGUGUGUGAAGGAAGCUUGGAACCAGCAGGAUGCAGUGUCUGGUCUUCUAAAGCUUUCUGUUCAUUUGAAAAGAACCAAGAUAGCGCUUCGUGCUUGGAAUAAAAAUGUUUUUGGUAGGGUGGAUGUGAAUAUUCAUGCACUGGAAGAGAGGUUAGAUUUCUUGGAAGCCAGCUUCAAUCUGGUUUUUCUGAGGAGAUUGAGGAUGAUUUUGUGGCUACUAAGACCGAGAUUGAAAUAUGGGAGAAAAGAGAAGCUUCUCGUCUUGGCCAAAUUGCUAAAAAGAAUUGGUUGA